AUGGAUAUCAAUCAACUCAUAGUACAAGCACAAUCUUCUGAUAAUGCUGUUAGAGAUGCUGCUGAGUCACAGUUACUUCAAGCAUGUGAUACAAAUGCUGCACAAAUAUUCACGUCUUUGAUGAAAGGUGCCUGUGAUGGUAAUACAGAUAUUGCUUCGAGACAAUUUGCAUUACUUUCAUUAAGAAAAUUGAUUACAAUGUAUUGGAGUCCCGGUUUUGAAUCUUAUAGAAAUACUUCUACUAUUAACGAUCAAACUAAAGAAUACAUUCGAGAGUCAUUAUUGAAUAUAUGUCUUGACGAUUUACAAGAUUCGAAAAUCACAAAAAGUGCAGCCUACUGUGUUGUCCAAAUAUCCGCUGUAGAUUUCCCAGAUCAAUGGCCUCAAUUGUUAGUUAUUCUCUAUGAUACAAUUUCACAAUCUCAUUCUUUGAAUGCGAUGUCAUUGCUGAAUGAAAUUUAUGAUGAUGUUGUUUCUGAAGAAAUGUUUUUUGAAGGUCAAAUUGGUAUGGAAACUUUACAAAUUAUAUUUCAAGUAUUAUCUAACAAUGAAGGUAAAAUUGAAGCUAAAAUUGCUGCAACCAAGUUAUUCAAUGCUUGCAUUUUACAAAUGUCUGUUUUAGAUCCAUCGUCUUCUUUAAAAAGGAAGAAGUUAGCUGAAGAAUGCAUUCCCAAAUCAAUACAAGUAUUAGGCCAAUUAUUAGAAUAUUAUACUAUAGAUACUACAGUCGAUAGUAAAAUGCUUACAUCUAUUUUGGAAUUAAGGUCCAAAAUAUAUGAAAAUGUUGUACUAAUAAAAAAUGAACUUCCAAAAAGAUUGUUCCAACGAAAUCUUAUGGCCUCUUUCAAGUUUCAAACUUUAAAAGAUCUAAGUUCAUCCUGCACGUUAUACGAAACCUAUUGCUUGAAUAAUAUCGAAGUAGUAAACUCUGAUAAUUUACAUGAUGCACUCUCUGAAUGUUCCAUCCAUAUGUUGGACUUCCUAACGGCCACAUGCUCCCUAAAAUUCGAUAAUAGUGAAGUAAGUACAAUCGUACAAGAUCUGACGGUUUUAUGCUGUCUAGAUAAUGAUUCACAAGAGGAAUUAGCUGCUGACUUCAAUGCAUUUGUUUCUAAGGAGACUGGUCUUUUACCUUCAUAUACAAUAAGAGAUCAAGCGUCUGAAUUCCUAAAUUCAUUAAGUGAUCCAAACUAUGCAACGAUAUUACAAGCCAUAAUCAAUACGUUUAUUAGUACUAUGAACCAACCAUCUAGAAAUGAUAGAAUAUUAGAAUCUAUCUUGUAUCUACUACAAUCGCUAAUGACCAAUGAAGAUGAUGUUACGAAUAUUAAUCCGAAUAUAUUAUUGGAACCACUCUCAAGUUUAUUUGAUUAUGAAACAGAAAACCCUUUCCUUCACUCUCGAUUAAUCCUUUUGAUCCCGAAAAUUCUUGAAAAAUUUAUGGAUGAAAUACCUAAUGUAAAAGUGGUCACCAAGGAUUUUUUGACUAAAAGUCUAAAAUAUUCAUUACAAAUGAAUGAUGGACUAAAUAAAAUCUCCGCUCUGAUAGGAUAUACUUAUUAUGCUUAUUUUGCUGAACUACCAUCUGUUCUUGGUAGGGAUGUUUGUACGCAAGUCCAAGAAAAUAUUUUACUCUUAAUUACGCAAGUUGUCCAUGAAUCGGAAGAAGAUACACAUGGCUUGUUAGUUGAGGUUUUGAAUCAUGUCAUUGAUUGUAAUCCUGAAGAUAUAGCGGUUCAAGGAAUUUUGGAGACUGAAUUCUAUAUGGUACUUUCGAUUUCAUCAAAAGAUCCUGCAAACAUUCAGGUUGCUAUCGGAUCAGAAGAAUGCUUGGAGAAACUUUUAGAAGGUGUUAAUACCCGAACUUAUACACAUUACAUUGACAUGUGCUUACCAUCUUUCAUUAACGUUAUUAAGGGUCAUAGCGUUACAGAAUAUAAGUAUUCCCCUUUAUUGUCGCUAAUUCUAGAAUUUGUCACCGUUUUUAUGAAGAAGAAACCAACAGAUGGUCCAUUACCAGCAAUAAUAUUUGAGCAUAUUUUCCAACCAUUACUGAACGUAUUAAAUCAUUCAACAGAAGAUGAAACUUUACAACUGGCAACUGAUGCAUUCAGCUAUUUGUUGUAUAAUACAGAUUCAACAUUAAUGAUUCCACAUUUGGAAGAAAUAGUUGCUGUCUUAGACAGAUUGCUAUCGAUAAAUGUUUCUGAUACCGCUGCCAUGAACGUUGGGACGUUAAUUGUGACCAUUUUCAGUAAGUUUUCUAAUGAACUGCAAAGUUUGAUCCCCACUAUUUUACGAGCCGCCGUGACAAAGCUGGUCCAAGCCAAAAACAUCUCCACUCAACAAAACUUAAUAUCGCUACUAUGUUUCUUAACGUGUACUGAUCCGUUACAAACAAUCGAAUUUCUAUAUGGGUUAGAUGAAACUCAUAGCACCUUUGCAGCCGUAAUGAAUAAAUGGUUUGAAGCUUUUGAAGUUAUCCGUGGUGAAAAGAAAAUCAAGGAAAAUAUAUUGGCAUUAAGUAAAUUAUAUUUCACGUGUGAUCCUAGAUUAGGGUCUUUGUUAGUUAACGGUGACUUGAUUCCAUACGAAGGUGAUUUAAUCAUUACUCGUUCAAUGGCGAAGACAAUGCCAGAUAAAUAUACCCAGAUACCUGCAUAUACUAAAAUCAUCAAACUUUUCGUCUCCGAAUUAUCAUUCCAAACUCAACAAACAGGAGAACCUACCGUGUUAAAUGCUGAUUUGAAGGGUAUCGAAAAAGAAGAAGAAGAAGUUGGUGACGAUGAUGAAUGGGAAGAUGUAGAUGAUGUUUUAGAUUAUGACAAGUUAAAGGAAUAUGUAGAUGAUGAAGAUCCUGCUGAAUUUGGUGAAGAUGACAAGGAUGAAAUUACGGGCCUUGCGGAUGUCAAAGAAACAGUUACAGAAUUAUUACUUGAAUUCUUUAAAGAAGUCACUAGUAAGGAUACAAACAACUUCCAUGCCAUAUAUAAUACCUUAUCAGAUAAUGGGAAGAAAAUACUUUCAGAAAAUCUAUUAUAG